AAAGAGAGAGAGAGGAGAGACCAGAAAAGAAGAAAAAAAAAGAGAGAAGAGGAGGAAGAGAGGAAGAGGAAGAGAGGAAGAAGAGAGUUGGAUGUAGCUGCUGUUGUCGCGUGUUGUGUGUGUUUUUUGGGGAAUGUGCGGCUCGUCCUCCGCAGAGGAUGGGAGUAACCUGGGCUCUCUUUCUAGCUCUACACAUAGUCUCCGUGUUGCAGACGGUGCUGGUCAGCGCUGGUCAAUGUGACUCUGUGUUUAAAGGUUUCUCAGACUGUUUGCUUCAGUUGGGGGAGAACAUGGCCAACUAUCCCCAGGACCUGGACGACAGGGACAACCUGCACAAGAUCUGCAGUUACUGGGAUAACUUCCACUCCUGUGCCACGACGGCGCUGGCCGACUGCCAGGAGGGCGCCACGGACCUCUGGGAGAAACUGAAAAAGGAAUCCCGCAACCUGGAUUUCCGUGGGAGUUUGUUUGAACUCUGUGGCGGCGGAAACGCGGCGCCCAGAUCGGCCGACGCCAGGGGGCUCGCCUUGGUCCUGACCACGCUGCCAACCGUACUGACUUGGCUGGCGUUUUAACAAAAAAACAAAACAAAAGGAGAAACGUAACGACGACGACAACAACAGAAAAACCCAACGAAGAAAAUCAAAAGAAAACCACAAAUGAAAAAAGAAAACAGAAAACAGAGUGAUAGCUACUCUUCGAAACUGAAAAAAAUUAAAAAAAAACCAACAACAACAACAACUGAGUUUUGAAUUCAUCUGCAGAAAAAAACUAUACACACCCAAAAAUGGAUUUUUACUACAUCUCCGUAUAUGGCGGCCUGGUUUGCCUUUCCUGGGACAUCUGCAGGCCCGUCCUCCCGGAGCGCUCAUCCAAUCACACGCUGACCUGACCUCGGAGGUCGAUAACAUGAAAUAUUCAACGCGCCGUCGAGCUGGAAAUGAUGACAAUGAUGAAAAUUUGAUGGAUCCUCGCCCUGCUUACAAUCGUGGAAUUACACAGUGUUAAAGUCAACCAUGAAUUAUUGAUGUUUAGUAGGCUAGGCCUAGACAGCGCUCUGUGGCUGCCUGGUGCUGACACAAUAUCAGGCGCUACAUUAGGGUUCCCAUAUAGCCUGAGGUACACAUUCAAUAUCAGGCGCUACAUUAGGGUUCCCAUAUAGCCUGAGGUACACACUCAAUAUCAGGCGCUACAUUAGGGUUCCCAUAUAGCCUGAGGUACACAUUCAAUAUCAGGCGCUACAUUAGGGUUCCCAUAUAGCCUGAGGUACACACUCAUGUGUAACGUGAGGCCGAAGCUUAACGCCACAAAAUCAAUAGCUGCAUCUCAUGUUCCUUAAGUUGCACUCCCUUGACUUCCCUUGACUCCUCGCGUCUUAUUCCCUCCCACCGAGAAGGCACACGAUUCUUUAAGGUUUAUUUAGAUAGGGACAGAUACAAAAAAAAAAA